CCCACUUUUAGGGUUUGUUUCAUAUCAACAGUCCGGGAAGCAGGAGCCUUUUUGAGCGGCGCAGACGAACCCAACUCUCUCUCCAUCUCUGGUUUCUGAAUCCUCCAUCGCCGCCGAUUACCCUUCCGCGCCGUUCCAUCUCUGGCCGUGGCUAGCAGAGGCGAAACAAAGAGGAGCUAGAGAGAAGCGAAGUUUCACUGGUUCAGCUACCACUUUGCUCACAGCUUCGGAUUCUCAUAAAUAUUUCAUAUGGGCUCGGAAGCAUUUGCAGCUGUAUCAGUCGAGAAAAAGAAAUCGAAGAAGAAACGAACAGCGUCCCAUUUGGAUGAUCACACGACUUCAGAUCAUAAUGAAGCUGUGGAUGGAGUCCUGGUUGAAGAUGAUGAUUCACUUGAGCCAACGAUGGGUGAGAAACUUGCGAGUUUAGAGUUAAAAGAGGGUCCAACCAAGAGUGGGGAGGACCAAGAAUUGAUACCUGGCGAAAAACCUCCAAGUGCUGAUUCAGUCAACAUUCUGCUUAAGCAAGCGCUUCAUGCUGAUGACCGCUCGCUUCUCCUAGAUUGCUUAUAUACCCAAGAUGAGAAGGUCAUUGCAAAGUCAAUCUCUACUUUGAGUAUGGCGGACGUCCUCAAGCUGUUGCACUCUCUCGUAACUAUAAUCGAAGCCAGGGGUGCAAUUGUGGCAUGCGCUCUUCCGUGGUUGAGAAACUUACUUCUUCAGCAUGCUAGUGGAAUAAUGUCUCAGGAGUCUUCUUUUCGGUCUCUCAACUCUUUGAAUCAGGUGAUUGAUUCAAGAGUGUCAACCUUCCAGUCGGCUCUUCAGUUGUCAAGUCACAUAGACUCAUUAUAUGCAGGGAUUGUCGAUGAUGGCCUUGAGGAAGACGAACCAGUAGUUCCGAUAAUUUACGAGGAUAACGACGAAAGUGAUGAAGAUGAAGAAGAAGAUGAUGCGAUGGAGACGGACGAUGAAGACAGCGAGCAAAACGAACCCUUUGAUGGCCUGAUUGAAAGUGAAGACAGCGAGGGCAUGGAUGAUUUGAUAUAAGGCGCCCUAACGCCUUUGAUAAAGUCAUAUCAGCAGCGUCAUAUAUGUGCUGUUUAUGCAGGCCUAGGUUUCACGUUGAAUGACACCUAAGCGAAGCGAUCUCUUCUUCGUAGAGCAGUGUCAGUUCAUCUGUUCGCUGCAAUUUUUUUCCGUUGUUUAUUAUGUCAGUUAGAGAAAAGUUUUCGAGAGAACCCGCUAUACGGCGGUUGCAUUUUGUGUACACACGACUGGCUUGGGAAGAUUAAGUUGGCCAUUAUCUGCAGCAUUUGGCAACGCAGAAGCCAAAAGUUUUGACAUUACCAUCGGAGUAAGUUUCUAGACCUGUUUGAAAGGCUAGCAACCAUUGUAUAAUCUAUCUCCUAAACCCAUAUAAUAUCCGUAAUAGUCGAGCUCUAAUAUGUUUCGACUCCUCAUUGCUCGUAGAAGAGGCCAC